AUGUUGUCAUUCCAGAAUACACAACUUGCUCUCAUUCACAUCCCACUACGUCUGUACAACAACUUCCUUCAGGCCAUCCUGCAGUUAUUGUUGCCGACUGCAACAUGUGAACGCAGCAUCGAUGACAAUUAUGGUGCUGUGCAGCCACCUGAUGGUUGGGACGAAGAGCAAUUGUUCAUCAACAUCUCGGUAACACCAGUCGAGUGUUCGAUCGUUUGCGCUCGAAAGCUUGUGAACGACCUAUUCGUUCCCGUCCUCGAGUCCCUGGACACUUCUUCUAAGAGCGAAGUUCACAUCACCACAGAAGACUUCGUGGUGAUGCAAAUCGACGGCGAGGGGCUUGAUGCAGAUCGUCGUGUCCUGGAGCUGACCGGACCCCUGGCUCUAGCCGGCAUAUCAAUUUUUUUCAUCACGAGCUAUUAUUCGGAUUACAUCCUGGUCCCCUUACGGUAUCGUAACAGAGUCACACAGGCCCUUGAAGAAAAGGGCCUGACAUUCGUCGAUGAUACCUCAUCCUACAUCAACCCCAACCAUCACAGCCGCAAGUCGUCAGUGCCAACCUUUGAGGUGCAACCUCCAGGCACUCCGCCACCAGCAUCCGUAUCAGAAUUGCAGACACGAACGUUCGCCACGCUCAAGCGUCGCAAGAUCGUGCCCACGGUCGACUCCAACGUUCGCUUGGUCCAAUGCGGCACGCGCCGGGACAGUCAAAGCAACGGCUCCUCCACCCCUGCACAAGACGCGUUACAACUCGGAUUUGUCAAAUGCCUCAUCUCUGCUCCCUGUCCCAAGUUUUUAUCACUCACGCUAGCGGAUAGCGAACCACCGUCGCUCCUCAUCGAUCACACACUUCUCUCGAACUUUCCGCCAGAGGUCCUGAUGGUCUCCAAGGACGAGCAUCUGGUGCCUAUCACGCUUGAUCUGCGUGGGCUUCCUGCAGAAAGCACGGGUAUCGUGUGUGGCGUUGCAGGGCGCUUACUAGGAGAGACGUCUGAGGGAUUUCAAAAGCCUGUGGAGAUGAGCUACUUGAGUACAGCACUAGCGGGCACAGUGAUGGUCGAAGAAAAAGAGCUGGAUCGUGCAAUGGGUGCUCUACGUGGAGUGGAGAACGGGGUGUCGUCAAAGUUAGACUGA